GAAAUGGCAGCACUUCCUCUGCGAUACCUCGGAUACGGAUACCUUCUAUCUUUCUUCCUCAUCCGUACCAAACUCUCCAGCUUUGCCUAAAAUGCUAAAGGGUAGUACACUGAAAGCCCUGGACGUCAGAAUCCUAGGUCCCCUUAUUGAAACAAGAGGAGGCCAGCAGCGCAGCUUCGCCAGCAGCAUCCACAGGUCCUACAUAACCUUUAAUGAUUUCCGCAACAAAAACCGCUGGUACACCAAAAAGGAGCUCGUGGGGUACUCCAUGCAGGAUAUGUACAACGUGGUCUCCGACGUCAGCAACUACCACAGGUUCGUGCCGUAUGUGAAGCGCUCCCACGUCCACACCCAGGAUAGUGGGGGCUUCAAAGCGGACCUCAUAGUGGGUUUCCCGCCGCUGAACGAGGCAUACACUUCGCAGGUCACCCUAGAGUCGCCCAGCUUGGUCAAGUCCGAGUGCCACGAUGGACGCCUGUUUAACUACCUUCUGAACGAGUGGCGCUUUAACCCGGGCCUCAAGGACAUACCCAACUCCUGCGUGCUGGACUUCAAGGUCUCCUUCGAGUUCAAGUCGCUGCUGCACAGUAACGUGGCCAACCUGUUCUUCGACCUGAUCUGCGACCAAAUGGAGAACGCGUUCAUCCAGGAGGUGCGCCGGCGGAGUGGUCCGCCCUCGAUCCGCUCCCACGUCCUGACCUCGCAGCGAUCUUGACCAGAGGGCGUGGGCUAUGGUGGCCUUUAAUUUAAGUUGAAAUUGUGUAUAUUGCGUUGACAUAGCCCGUUGUUAGUACAAUUAGCCGAAUUGUAAAUAAAUUGUCGAUCGAAUUGUGCAAGAA